AUGUGCGGCCUUCAUACAAUUCUACUCUUGAUUUGCAUUUCUCAUCUCUUUGCUAUUAAUGGCGAAGCUGUUACUCCUAGAGAAACACUUGAGAUAAUCAUAGGUGGUGGUGCUGCGUCUCCAUGGCCACGGCCGGAAUAUCAAGACUGUCCUCCUCCACCUCCACCUCCCCCUCCAUGUCUACCAACACCAAGUACACAACCAUCGCCAACAUUAACACAUCCACCAUCACCAAAACCACCACAUGGACCAUCACCAGCAGGCAUAACGAAAACAUGGGAGGGCAACAAUAUUUGCGGUGAUUACAAAGGGUUCAUUUGCGACAUCGUACCAGAUGUUAACCAAAAGACCAUCUCCGGUGUCAACUUCAAUAACAGGAAUUUGAAUGGCCCAAAUCUAACCCUCACUGAAUUCUUAAGCGGUUUGAAAGAUCUCGCAUUUUUCCAUGCAAAUUCCAAUAACUUCAUCGGCUCCAUCCCCGAAGAUAUCGGCACACUCCGCUACUUAUACGAACUUGACCUCAGUAACAACAAAUUCUCCGGCAACUUCCCCUACCAAGUCCUCCAAGCCAAGAAGUUAGUAUUCCUCGACCUCAGGUUCAACACCUUUUUUGGCGUUGUUCCUCCACAAGUCUUCCUUCUCGGCCUCGACUUGCUCUUCAUCAACAACAACAACUUCAAGCAAACACUCCCCGGAAACCUUGGGUCGACCACAGCGCUUUACUUAAGCCUAGCUAACAACAAAUUCGUCGGUGGAAUCCCUCGGAGUAUUGGUCAAGCUUCCAACACCCUACUCGAGGUUCUUUUCUUGAACAACCAGUUAACCGGUUGUUUGCCGUAUGAGAUCGGACUUUUGAGAAAAUCCACGGUGCUCGACGUUGGAUUCAACCAGUUAACGGGUCUAAUCCCAAGCUCGCUUCAGUGCUUGGAGAAAAUGGAGCUUCUGAACUUGGCUCACAAUAAGUUCUACCGGAUUGUGCCGGAAUCUGUGUGCAGCCUACCAAAUCUAGUGAAUUUCACUGUAUCGUAUAAUUAUAUCAGUCAGGUUGGGCCAAAGUGUCGGAAGCUGAUAACAAGUGGGGUUCUUGAUGUGAAGAUGAACUGCAUUUCGUAUCUCCCGAAUCAAAGAUCGAAAGCCGACUGUGAUCGUUUCUUCUCGAAUCUUCAACCUUCUUGCACCGAUAAAAAAUUUCUGACAUAUAUACCUUGCUCCAAAGGGUAUUCUGGUAAACAGUUGGAGGCCUCCAACGUUCACUGGGCUACUCCUGCUCCUCUAGUGCGAAGUUAUGGUGCUCUUUCGCCACACUAA